AUGGAUAAACUUAUUAUUUUUAUUUUUUUGUUACAAGGUGUUUGGUGUGGGGAUUGGAACAUCAGUCUGUCAGAGAAGAUUGAAGCUCUGAGAGGAUCCUGUGUGACCAUAAACUGCAGAUUUGAUAUUAAUAACACAUAUGACAACGAUCUCACUGACAGUGCUGCAGGAGUGUGGUAUAAAAAUGGGCAUAAAGACAGCAACAAUAUUGUGUUUAACUCCAGCAACCCCAAUCUCUCUUUUAAAGGGAACAUAACUGGAAAAUUAAAAGACAAGAACUGUUCAACCAUCUUUUAUGACGUUACUUCAAAUCAUGCAGGUACAUUUUACUUCAGGAUUGAGGGUAAUGGUGGACUGAAAUAUACCUAUGAACAAAAUUCUUCUUUAGGUGUGAUCGACUCUCCCCACAAACCCACAGUGCAGAUGUUAAAGGAUCAGAUGAAGGAUGAGGUUCAUGAGGAGGUGUUAGAGGGGAGCUCUAUGUGUCUGCGCUGCUCUGCUAAGACUCUCUGCUCCUCUUCUCCACCAACUCUCACAUGGAGCUCCACUGACAGACUCCACCUCAAUGAGAGCAGCAGACUACAGCUGGAUCAACAAAAUCAAACUGAGAUCAUCUCUGAUCUGAACUUCACUGCUACUCACCUUCAACAUGGAGUCACUUUCAUCUGCACUAUAACCUACCAGCUACAGCAGAGGAACGCAACAGCACAGAACAACAUCACAUUAUUUGUUCAAUAUGCUCCUGAAAACACAUCAGUGUCUGUGUUUCCAUCUAACUCUGUACUGGAGGGCAGUUCAGUGACUUUGAUCUGCAGCAGUGAAGGAAAUCCAGCAGUGUUCAACUACACCUGGUACAGAGAGAAUGGAGGACAGCUGGAGGAGCUGCAGACUGGAUAUAAUCUGACAUUCAAUGUGACAAAUCGUACACGCUACUACUGUCAAGCCAAAAACCGACAUGGUACCCAAAACACAUCAGUGUUGCUUGACAUUCAGUAUGCUCCAAAAAACACAUCAGUGUCUGUGUUUCCAUCUAACUCUGUACUGGAGGGCAGUUCAGUGACUUUGAUCUGCAGCAGUGAUGGAAAUCCAGCAGUGUUCACCUGGUACAGAGAGAAUGGAGGACAGCUGGAGAAUCAGACUGGAUCUAAUCUCACCUUCAAUGUGACUGAUCGUACACACACAGGACGCUACUACUGUCAAACCAACAACCAACAUGGGACCCAAAACACAUCAGUGUUGCUGGACAUUCAGUCUCAUGGAAAUCCCUCUCCUAAAGUGGAGUGGCAUCUCUCUGGACGUCCUGUCAGUAACUCUACAAACACAUCCAUCAGUGAGGAGCGAUUGAGCAGCACAGACUUGAGGAGCUUCAUUUCUCUCCAUCAGUCACUUACACACACAGACACUCUGCAGUGUGUCGUCAUCAACACUCACGGCACUGCCAGUGAAAAGAUUCAACUGUUUUGCAGUCCUCAGGAGACAAGUUUCAGUCUUUUCUCUGUGCUGAUCGGAGCUGCUAUUGGAUCGUCGAUAAUGAUAAUCUUGUGUGUCAUUACCCAUCUCUGUAAACGAAAAGACAACAGAAGAUCCCUAAAGGCAAGAGACGAAGACAUCUCUGGACUUGAUCUGUCUGACAGGGAGAAUGAAGAACCUGUUUAUGCCAAUAAAUCUAAAGAAACUUCACUGAAUUACCCACAAUCCCUUCAUUAUUCCUCCAUUGACUUCACAAACACCCAAAUAGAGUCAGAAGAGAUCAGGGGCGUCUCCUCACUUACUGCUGUCUAUGCUGAUGUCCGACAUUAUUCAGAACAAGAGGAAGCAAAGAGCUCUGUGGGAAUCGUUGAACCUCUGCACAACAGCAACAUAUCAACAGUUGAGAUAGCAGACAGUGAAACAAGAGAUCUAGAAUUUACCAUCAGUACAGACCCUGAACAAGAUCAGUCAAAGAAAACUGAUUUGCAGUCUGAUGAAGUUUAUGAUCUUUAUGCUCAAGUUAAACGCUGCCACCCAAAGAAUUAA